CGCUCCUCCCCUGAACCCCUCGACCUGGUUGACCACACAUUCGCCAUACUAUCACCAACAGAAUGACCCAAGGCGAAGAUCUUUACGCCGUAGCAGACUUCUGCUUAGUGCCAAUGGGCACAGGAGAGCCAUCGGUCGCUGAGUAUGUGGCUGAGUGCGUCAGGGUGCUCGAGAAGACCGGGCUGAAGUUCAAGAUGCACGGGUACGGAACUAAUCUAGAAGGCCCUUGGUCGACAGUCAUGCAAGCUAUUCACGAUUGCCAUGCCGCUGUACACGCCAAGGGUGCUCCUCGCAUAGCGACCGACAUUCGAAUCGGCACUCGCGUGGACAAGGAGAUUGAGUUUGGUACUGGCAACGAUUCGAAGGUCAAGCGCGUCGAAGACAUCCUCGCCCGAGACCAGAAAGCCUAAUCAUCUCAAGGAGUGGAAAGUAGAGUGUGUCCGAAGCAAAGUUCGUUGUACCUUAUGCGCCGUGGGGGAUAAGGCGAUCCGCUUGGAAUGCGUAUAGAGUCAGAACGGUGCCUCGCUGAAUGUUUGCUUGCACAUUUUUCUCAGCUGGGUGGGAGUGGUUUGAGAGCGGCGGCCAUGGAUCGACCGAGCAGUGAAGGUGGCGUGACGAUUUUACCCGAAGCGUUUCUCGG